UGCAUUUGGAAAGUGCUCUCGUUAGUAGCGUGCUCAAACUCAAACGUUAACUCUAGCGACGACGCAAACACGACAAAUACUAAGUGCAAAUCCUUUAUAUCAACUUAACACAACAGGUGUCUACGCCAUCGAUUUGUUUCAUGUUGUAAUUCGAGUGCUUUUGUUUAUUGGCAACAAUUAUGGUCAGCACAACAUUGACAACAUUGGCUGCCGGACAAACAACUAGUGGCAGUACCCAUCAUCAUCAUCAUCACAUACAUCAUCAACAGCAGCAGCAGCAGCAGCUACAGCAGCAGCAGCAGCAGCAGCAACCACACCAGCAGCAGCAGCGCAAUUAUUACGCAUUAAACGGCUUGGAGCAGCACGACUGCGACAGCAACAGCUAUCAGCAACACCAGCAACAGCAGCAGCAGCCUUUGAAUUUAUCGCAAGCAUUGCUUUCAGCUUCGCCGCCGCUUAACGAUCAGAUCAACUUGCUGUUUCCCAAGUGUCGUCCCAAGCAGCAGCAGCAGCAGCUACAACAACAGCAGCAGCAACAGCAGCAGCAGCAGUCAGCGCACAGCAGCAGCAAUCGACCACAGCAGCAGCAGCAACAUGAGAGCAGCAACAGCCACGAACUGAACAGCGUUGGCCCAAACGCCGCAUCUGGGCGCAGUUCACCCAUUGCUGCCACGCCCAUUAGCAACAGCCAGCACAGUUACUAUAAAAGCGUCAACAUCAUAACACAAUCGCCGCCACCGCAUUCGGUCUCAUCGCACUCAUCCGAAUCGCUGUCUUCAGUCACGCCGCGCAUUUCGACGAAUCCGUUUCUCUGCGCUCCACUGACGCCGCCCACACCGCCGACGCCACCACCGCUGGCCAGUGCAGAUAACGAGCUGGACGCAGCCGACGAGCAGCAGCAACAACAGCAGCAGCCAGCCGAGCACUUUGACGAGUCGGUGCCCUCAAGCGCCUAUCCGGCUUCAUUUUAUUAUCAAACGGGCGACAGCAGUCGUCGUGGUCAUAGUCACACGGAUAUGCCGCGUAAGCGCAGCAAUCUGCUGCCCACGGCGCGCCAGCAGCAGCAACAUGUGCUGCUCAAUGGCAAUGCCAGCAAUGGCAGCGGCAACAACAGUCAGAAUCCUUUUAUUAAGGAAAACUAUUGGGAGACUACGCCACGUGCCAGCGCGCUGCUGCACUCGCCCACUGAAUAUCCCGAUGAGCAGCAGCAGCAACAGCAGCAGCAGCAGCAGCAACAUCUGCAAGCUUCAGCGCGUCGCGCUUUUCAUCAGCAGCGUGAGCAACAUUAUAGAAUAGCUCAGCGUCCGCCAGCGCAUGCGCCGCCUCAUGUGCUGCGCGUUGGUCGCAGUCCCAUAAAUCGCAACUAUGCAGCGCCACAGCAGCAACAGCAGCCAACACUUAUUGCUAGCAAUGCCUGUGCCGAGGGUUUGACUCCUUUGGCCAGUCACUAUCUUUAUGGCAGCAAGACUUCGCUGGAACAGCAGCCAAGCGAUUGGGAGCCACGCGAGCAGCGCAAGCAGCGCAUACGCGAAGAGCGUGAGCGCGAGCGAGACAGAGAGCAUUUGUUGAUGCAGCAGCAACAGUUGCAGCUGCAGGAUGUGCAUGCUGUGCGUGAAAAUCAGCUUGGCCAGCUAACAGCAGCAGCAGCAUCAGCAGCUCAACAGCAGCAGCAGCAGCAACGCAAGCGAUACAUUAACUUGGAUGAAUAUCGUGAGCGUGAUCAGCGUUUGGUCAAUGGCAGUCCCAGUGAGACAACUAUGGCUAUAUAUGAAGCUAAUGAUGCAACCGAGAGCUGGCAGCAUCUGCGCGUAACGACCGAGCAACAGCAACAGCAGCAGCAACAGCAAUUAAACAUAGACAAGCCGCAGUCGCAACUGCUGCUGGACACACAUACGCGACGCUUGCUGGAUGAGGCUGCUGUUUAUCGCGAGCAUAAGCUGGACGCCUGGCAGCUCGAUCGCAACUACACGCUGGCCGUGGAGUCGCGACAUGGCAUCAUUGAGUAUGAAGGCUCGCCACGACGCAUUGGAGUUGCUGCCAACAACAACAACAGCAACAGCAACAUGACUGCAGCAACACCAACAGCAGCAGCAGCGGACGAAAGCGAACCACCAACAGCAGCAGCAGCAGCAGCAGCAACAGUUGCGCCCACAGUCACGCCCAUGGCUGCUGUGCCGCCCAGCUCGCUGCAAAAGUCAGCAGCACGCGCUGCUUUGGCUGCAUUGGCUCAAUGUCAAGUGAAUCAGCAGCAGCAGCAGCAGCAGUUGCCACAGGCUUAUCCAGUGCGUCCAGGAUUUCCACAGCGCAUUUUAUCGCCGCCACGUGAGCUACGCAGCAACUCGCCAGUGCAGCAGCAACAGCAGCAGCAGCAGCCACUUUACAACAACAGCAGCAAUCAUAGCAAUAACAAGCAGCACAAGCAGCAGCAGCAGCAGCAACACGCUGCCGCCAUCAGCAGCGACAACAAUGCUGAAGAUACAAGCAACGAUGUCUCCGAAAUUGGCACCAUAUCCGAUCUGACCACGCCCGAGGCACCGCUGGCAGCCAAUUUGACUGAAUUGAGAGCAGCAGCCGCAACGCCGCCGCCGCCGCCGUCACCGCAGCUAGCUGCCGCUUGUGUUGCUGGCAGCAGCAGCGCUGGCAACGGCGGCCAGGCCAUGGCCAUGCCAUUGAGCUUGCAUACAAAAUCGUCGACCUUUGACUAUCUGUACGAGUUCUCGGAGACGCGCAAGGUGCUCGAGGAGUUCUUCAAGUGCCCCUCAAACGAUGAGCAGCCCAUCAUGGAGAAUGGCAGCGAUGUUGACAGCAUUGAUAUACAGUACGAGUUCCACAGCAACUUUGAGCGCGAUGAGGAGGAGCUCGACGAGGAGGAGCAAGAGGAGGAGGAGGAGGAGGACGAAGCAGCAGAAGAAGACGAUGAGCACGAUGAAGUGGACGAUGAGGAUGAGCACAUUGAGCUGGAGUAUCGCCAGCAGCAACAGCAGCCAGCGCCUGCAGCAGCAGCAGCCGCCACCAGCAGCAGCUCAGUCGAGCGUCAUGUCUAUGGCGCCUACGCUCAGUCGCAGUCGCAGUCACAGGCGCAGUCACAGGCGCAGUCACAGCCACGUGCGCGUCACUACGCUGGGAGUCCACUGAUGCGCGACUUUGACUUCUUCCUGGACUCGGCCAGUCGCAGCAGCGGCGAGCGCGAUGGCGAGCAGGAUGGACUCAAUCACAAUCAGCUGCUGAGCACGGGCAGCGGCGGCAGCGCCUUGGGCCAGAGCGUGGGCAUUGGGCUGCCCGGCGGGCACAACAAUUAUCGCUACUCGCCCGAGACCACCGACUAUGAUUCCAACUGCGGCGAUUUGGACAGUCUUUCGGGUGAAAUGAAUGGAGGCAACGGCGGUGGCAACGCUGGUGGCGUUAGCAGUGGAGGAGGAGGCGGCGUUUCCACUUCCUGUUCUAACUAUGCCAAGUACUAUGCCUCGGCCAUGCCUGUGCUGGAGGAUGGUCUCUCCUCUGGCCACACCAGCGACACUGAGAACAACAACAACAACAAUAAAUUGCUGCAGCAGUCGCAGCUGCCCGCCAGCCUCAGCGGCAGCACCAGCAUCGGCGGCAGCGGCGGCAUCUCCAUGCUGAUGGACAUGAAGCGCAUCUCGACCAACAACAGCUUGAACAGCAUGCACAAUCUCACUGCCACCUCCAACACCACGGACAGCAAUGUCGCUCAUCUGCACACUCAUCCUAGUCCCAGCAGCAAUGGCUUACAGCAGCAGCAGCAGCAGCCACAACAGCAGCAACAGCAGCCGCAACAACAACGCGAGCUAUUGGGUCAGAGUCCCACCAACAACAGCAACAGCAACAGCAACAGCAAAGUGUUCAAGAACAUUGAUCCGGAGCUGGACUCGCUCUAUUCCAUUAGCGUUUUCCAUCGGCCGGACAUGGUGCAAAUGACGCCACCGCCGCCAGCGCCUGCACCACAUCGCAAGCCCAACGAUCUGGACUUGCUGCAAACUGUGACGCAGCUGGCCAAGCACACGCCGCUGGCCGCCGCCAUCAGCAACACGCUGCAGCGCAGCUCACCCACCGGUCUGGGCAUGAGCAUGGGCAUGAACAUGGGCAUGGGCGUGGGCGCGGGCAUCUUGGGCAAGCCGCGCAGCGCUGGCAGCAACUGCAGCAGCAACGGACUGAACGGUCCACCGCCGCCCAUACCCGAGCGCAGCAACUUGCCGUCCCAACAGCAGCAGCAGCAGCAGCAGCAGCGUUCGCCCUCGCCUGUCAUGAGCUCACCCGUCUGGCUGUCGCGUCAUUUGGAUGGCAGCGGCGGCGGCGGCGCUGGCAAAGCGCUGCUCGAGUCCAGCUCGGAUAAUCAUUCGAAGAACCACAGCGCGGACGAGGAAGAUGUGGAUACAGAUCUGGAAACAGAUCGCCUGCUGGGCCAUCAGCGUCUGGACGAUCAGGGCUACUACGAUGAAAACAAAAGCUGGGAGCGCAAGCCGCGCAGCUCGCUGCUCUCGAAGAUCUCGCCCAAGCAGCAGCAGCUGCCCAGCACCAAGACGCGCAACGGCUACAAUGCGCUGCUCAGCUCCACGCCCGAGUUGCCGCCGCCCAUACCGCCCAAGAGCAACGCCAACAGCUUGAGCGGCAGCGGCAAGUUGCUCGACUUGGUUGCUGGCAAUGCGCAGCGCUGCAAUUCGCGCAGCAGCUCCGAGCACAGCCACAAAUCGCCGCGCGGCAAAUCGCCCAAUGCGGCGCUGCAUGAGGCGGUGGCCAAUGCGGUGGAUGUGGUGGUCAAUGCGGUGGCCAAUGCAGCGGCGCUGCAGCCGCCGCUCAACAGUCCGGUGCAGGCCGAUGGCUCGGAGCGUUCGCUGGCCAAACUGGGUGUGGAUGUGGAGAAUGGCACGCUCAAUGGCGGUGGCGUGGUCAGCGCUGUGGCAAAUGCAGUUGCCACCAGCAUUAACAACAACAUGAACAACGGCGGCGUCGGCGGCGGCGGCAGCAUCAUCAAUGGCAAUAACAACAACAACAGCAACAGUAACAACAACAAUAAUAAUGUUGCUGUCGGCAGCAACAACAGCAGUGCCAGCGUCGCUGGCAGCAACAGCGGCGAGAAAAAAGUGAAAAAGAGUAAGAGCAAAGAAGGCGGCGCAGUGCUCAUCGAGGGCGUUCUAUUCCGUGCUAAAUACUUGGGAUCCACGCAGCUGGUCUGCGAGGGUCAGCCCACCAAAUCCACACGCAUGAUGCAGGCCGAGGAGGCGGUGUCGCGCAUAAAGGCUCUGGCUCCGGACGGCGAUGUGCAGCCCAGCACCGAAGUGGACUUGUUCAUAUCAACGGAGAAGAUAAUGGUGCUGAAUACCGAUCUCAAGGAGAUAAUGAUGGAUCAUGCCUUGCGCACCAUAUCCUAUAUAGCCGACAUCGGGGAUCUGGUGGUGCUAAUGGCGCGUCGUCGCUUUGUGCCCCAGGACAUCGAUGAUGCGCCCAAGCCGAAUCGCACGCCCAAAAUGAUUUGCCACGUGUUCGAGAGCGAUGAGGCGCAGUUUAUAGCGCAGUCCAUUGGGCAGGCGUUCCAGGUGGCCUACAUGGAGUUUCUCAAGGCGAACGGCAUUGAGGACCAUCGCUUUGUCAAGGAGAUGGACUACCAGGAGGUGCUCAACAGCCAGGAGAUAUUCGGCGACGAGCUGGAGAUCUUUGCCAAGAAGGAGCUGCAAAAGGAGGUCGUGGUGCCCAAGGCCAAGGGCGAAAUACUGGGCGUGGUGAUUGUCGAAAGCGGCUGGGGCUCCAUGCUGCCCACCGUGGUGAUUGCCAAUCUGAUGAGCUCUGGGGCGGCAGCGCGUUGCGGUCAGCUGAACAUUGGCGACCAGCUGAUUGCCAUCAAUGGGCUCAGCCUGGUCGGCCUGCCGCUCUCCACCUGCCAGACAUACAUCAAGAAUACCAAGAACCAAACUGUCGUCAAGUUCACAGUCGUGCCCUGUGCGCCCGUCGUCGAGGUGAAGAUCAAGCGGCCCGAGACCAAAUAUCAAUUGGGUUUCAGUGUGCAGAACGGCGUGAUCUGCAGUCUGCUGCGUGGCGGAAUCGCGGAGCGUGGCGGCGUGCGCGUUGGUCAUCGCAUCAUUGAGAUAAACAAUCAGAGCGUUGUGGCUGUGCCGCAUGAGAAGAUUGUCAAUUUGCUGGCGACAUCAGUGGGCGAGAUACUCAUGAAAACGAUGCCCACCUCAAUGUUCCGCCUGCUUACAGGCCAGGAGAAUCCCAUAUAUAUUUAAGCUAAGCAACUUAGUCAUAUACACAUAAAGCAAAUAGAAAUAGCGAUCGAGCGAUUGAGCGAGCGAUUGAGCGAGCGAAAUUAGGCAAACAAUUAUUGUUAACUAACACACUGAGCGUGUGUGUAUAUGCAUGGAUAUAAUGAUUAUAGUAUUAUAUAUGUAUGUGUG